AUGGCAGUCGUACAGGAUGCCCACAGCGUUGAAUGGAAACUAGGUCGUUCAGAUGAUAAUUCAGAUUAUAGCUCUCAUGCACAUAAGGUCUGUUCAAAUUUUAAAGUCCGGUUUUCUUCACCCGAAGAUUUUGUACGUAAGUCAGGAGGAGUAAGAAUUAUAGAAAAGAUUCUUAUCGCAAACAAUGGUAUAGCAGCAGUUAAAUGUAUGCGUUCCCUAAGAAAGUGGUCUUACGCAACAUUUGGUAGCUCAGAUGUUCUACGUUUUGUAUGCAUGGCUACACCAGAAGAUAUACAAGCCAAUGCUGAAUACAUAAAAAUGGCUAACAAACUGGUUUUCGUUCCAGGUGGUUCAAAUGUGAAUAACUAUGCAAACGUUGAACUUAUUCUACAAACUGCUGUAACGAAUGAAGUUGAUGCUGUAUGGGCUGGAUGGGGUCAUGCUUCAGAAAAUCCUCAGUUACCCGAUGUCCUUGGUAAACAUAAUAUUGCAUUUCUUGGUCCUUCGCACCAGGCUAUGUGGACGCUUGGGGAUAAGGUUGCUUCUACAAUACUCGCUCAAAGUGCUUGUGUGCCAACUCUUCCUUGGAGUGGUUCCGGGCUGACUAUAUCACUCGACCGACUGGCUAAUGGACAGUCGACUAGCAAACACUCAGAAAAUGAUGAAUCUUCUUAUGUUAUCAAGUCUUCUAGUCUAACUAAGAGAUCUCCUAUGCAUACCAGUCCAAUAUCUGAAGAACUGUAUCGCGCCGGUUGUGUAACAGACUUGGCAAGCUGUUUAGAAUGUUCUGAGAAGAUUGGCUAUCCAGUUAUGAUUAAAGCUUCUGGCGGUGGUGGAGGUAAAGGAAUUCGAAAGGCAAUGAAUAAUGCAGAUGUUGAACGAUUUUUCCCCCAGGUACAGGCUGAAGUACCUGGUUCACCUAUUUUUGUAAUGAAGUAUGCAAGCGCUGUUCGUCAUUUAGAAGUUCAAAUUCUUGGUGAUAUUUACGGUCAAGCUAUUGGUUUAUUUGGUCGUGAUUGUUCAGUUCAACGUAGACAUCAAAAAAUUAUUGAAGAAGCGCCUGUUAUUGUGGCUCCCAAAGAAAUUAUUGAAAAAAUGGAACAAGCUGCUGUACGUCUUUCAAAAUUAGUUGGUUAUGUUAGCGCUGGCACAGUAGAAUAUCUAUAUGAUCCUUAUUCGAAUAAAUUCCACUUUCUGGAGUUGAAUCCACGUCUUCAAGUUGAACAUCCGUGUACAGAAGUAGUUGCUGAAGUGAAUUUACCUGCAUGUCAAUUACAAAUUGCUAUGGGGAUUCCCUUACAUCGUAUUAAAGAUAUUCGUGAACUUUAUCUUGUUUCUCCAUGGUCUGAUUCAUAUAUUGACUUUGAUGAUCCAAACAUCAAUCGUCGACCACCAAGUUGUUAUGUAAUCGCUGCGCGUAUAACAAGUGAGGAUCCUGAUGAAGGCUUUAAACCUCGACCUGGUGGUGUAAGGGAAUUGAAUUUCCGAAGUAACCAGUCAGUUUGGGGAUACUUCAGUGUUGGUAGUGCUGGUGGAAUUCAUGAAUUUGCUGAUUCACAGUUCGGUCAUAUAUUCUCAGCGGGUGAGAAUAGAGAACAUGCUCGAGAAGCUCAGAAUAAAAAAGAGAGCAAAAGAGAUGAAUUUGCAGCUGCGGACGUGGUCGUUGUUAGUCUAGUAGUUUCAAAUUGUAUUUGA